AAAAACCUCAUGAAGUUUCUUCCAUUAUUUUCUGUCUUCCCUGAAGAGCAGAAUUGAGGUAUUGUUUAGCAACAAGGGGAGAAAUCAGUUUUCUCUGGAGGAAACACAGUCCCUAUUGGCUUUCUUCCUCAGCUGCUUACUGGGAAGGCCAUUUUUGGUUUCAGUUACGGUAAAACCCUGGAUUUUAGCCAAAUAUUAUACGAGUUCAAAAGUACAAAGCUCUUUAGAAGUCUUGCUCUUUUUAAAUAUUUUUUCAGAGGUUAAAAAUUAAAUUUGAAAUAUCUGGGGUAGGGAAGAGUCCUUGGUAGAGACACAGACUGACUGUUUCCAACAUGAAGCUUGUACAUGUCAUUCUGCUACUUUUAUGCUUCUACUUAAGUUUUUGCAAGCAUACUUCAACAUCUGAUGCAUCUCAAGAAGAUCUGGUAGACAAAAAGUGCUUAGCUAAAAAAUACACACAUCUCUCCUGCAGUAAAGUCUUCUGUCAACCAUGGCAGAAAUGCGUCGAUGGGACCUGUGUCUGUAAACUCCCUUAUCAGUGCCCCAGGAAUGGUACUGUGGUGUGCUCAACGAAUGGGAAAAGCUACCCCACUUACUGCCAGCAGAAGAGUUUUGAGUGUCUUCAUCCAGAGGCAAAGUUUUUAAAGAAUGGAAUGUGCACAGGUGAAGGAAAAUUUAGUGUUUCCUUGAAUUAUGGAAAUACGGAUGCAGAAGGAAUUGUCAAAGUAAAAUUUGUAGACCAAGAUGAGAAAAUGUUCAUCUGUGAGAGCAGCUGGGGCAUAACGCAGGCCAACGUGGCAUGCCUUGACCGGGGGUUUCCACAAGGUGCUCUAGAAGCUAGAGGAGAGUUUCAUUUGCCUGCAGAUCUCCACAUCAAUUCCACUGAGUGUGUGCAUGUGCGCUGUCGAGGACUGGAGACCAGUUUGUCUGAGUGUACUUUUACUAGAGAAGCCGUCAGUAACGAGGGGUUAGCUGGCGUGGUGUGUUACAGACCUACUACAGUUUCUCCAGCCAGUGACUCCUUCCAGUGUGUGAACGGGAAGCCCAUUGACCAGAAGAAGGUCUGCGAUGGGGUCAACGACUGUGGAGACCAGAGCGACGAACUGUGCUGUAAAGGCUGCCAAGGGCAAGCUUUCCGGUGUAAGUCAGGCGUGUGCAUCCCACCGUGGCACAGAUGCGACGGGGAGGUGGACUGCAUCACAGGGGAUGAUGAGGUCCACUGUGGAGGAGUACUGGAAUAUUUGAGUGCUGAUAUGGAUGCAGAAAGGAAACGGAUUAAGUCAUUUUCCCCUAAACUCACCUGUGGAGUUAGAAACAGCAUGCCCGUUCGAAGGAAACGCGUGGUGGGAGGAAAGCCGGCGAUCGUGGGACAAUUCCCAUGGCAGGUGGCGAUCAAGGAGGACGAGAGGAUCACCUGUGGAGGAAUUUAUAUCGGUGGCUGUUGGGUCCUGACAGCAGCACACUGUGUCAGAAUUGGUAAAAUUCACCGUUACCAGAUAUGGACAUCCCUAGUGGACUGGAUAAGGCCUAACUCUGAGAUACUGGUUCGGUAUGUAAAUAAAAUCAUUAUCCAUGAAAACUAUGAUGGCAAGACCUACAAAAAUGACAUCGCUUUGAUUGAACUGAAAAGAAGCCCAAACCAAAAAGAGUGUGUGCUGUCCAAGUCCGUCCCUGCCUGCGUCCCCUGGUCGCCGUAUCUGUUCCAGCCUGGUGAGAGAUGCAUUGUUUCUGGCUGGGGCAGAGAAAAAGAUAACCAAAAAGUCUAUUCGCUUCAGUGGGGCGAAGUUAACCUAAUAAACAACUGCUCUAAGUUUUACCCUGGCCGCUACUUUGAAAAGGAAAUGGAGUGUGCAGGCACAGAUGACGGGUCCAUCGAUGCCUGUAAGGGGGACUCUGGAGGCCCCCUAGUCUGUCAGGAUGCCAACAAUGUGACUUAUAUCUGGGGUGUUGUGAGUUGGGGUGAAAACUGUGGAAAACCGGAGUUCCCAGGUGUUUACACCAAAGUGGCCAAUUAUUUUGACUGGAUUGGCCAGAGAGUGGGAAGGUCUCUUAUUUCUCAGCACAAUAUAUAAAGUGUGCUGUCCCUCUUUACGCCACUCUCUCCGAGGAGUUCUGUUUAAGUUGAAAUAUUGCUGCAUAAUCAGUAUUUCUUUAGAGGAAAAAAAUAAAGCAAAUUUUAUUAGAUAACUUGAAAGGUCUCGACAAAGUUUAUGCCAUUUUGAAAAUCUGCUGUAAAGUUCUCAAACCCAUUUUAGUCAAGCACAGAUAGAAAAUGGGAUGCCGUGACUUCUUCACACCGGAGAGAUGACCACGACCACACGAAAGGGUUUUAGCCCGCGGAAUGACCUUGGAUUCACACGUCUGGGUUCACACCCUAACCACAUCACCUAGAUGCGUGGCUUAGGCAAAUUACUAUCUUCAUAGUGUCUCGUUUUUCACUUUAAAAUGGAAACUGGAAUUUCAAGACAUUUAAGUCAAGUGUUUGCCAGCGUCCCUGUCACAGGGUCAUAGUGGGCUUCACAGCUCUUGCUCCAUUUCUUUGACUCUUUAAGUACUAAAAGCUCUUUGAACUUGGCCUUCCUGGUGUCCUAAGUUCUCCGUGAUCUCCCCCGCCUGCUGAGAACUGCGGGUCCCUGCUCCUCUCAGCUGCUUCCUUCUGUCACUUGCUUGACAAGCUUCCUGGUGGUCUUGUCCAGACUUGGCUCUACCCCACCCACACGCCCCUGACUCUCAAACCCUCAUCUCAGCCCUGAUUAUCCUGGAAUACCAAGCACUCGGCAUCUCAUCUGGAACUCUAAGAGCAUUUCCAGCACACAUGGCCCUGCCCAGACUCUUGAUGGCUCUCUGCCCUCAGUGCUGGACACUGACCGGGGUCAGGCCUGGAGGUUGAAGAGCCAGCUUCUCUGUAGAGGCCCCAUGUGACAGAGACCGGGAACAGCAGGGGCAGAUGACCCGAUGCAAGGCUUACCCUGUAGACAGCUGUGCGAGGGCCGCAGAAGCCAACCUCAUGCGUCUAAUGGGGAAAAGAAGCGUUCUGUACCUCAUCUCCAGGGAAGCCUGAGUUGCAGGCUGCUCUGGGAAAGAUGUUGACAGACACCUGAGGACCUCUCCACAGAGCUGCCCACUGCUACUGGCCGCAGCCCCGGUCCACACAUAGUCUGCAGAACACAGGCAAUUUUGUAAGUUUGCCUGAUCUUCCUUGAAGGGGAUCGCCCAGAGUGCUCAGCAGACAUGGCACUCUGCUGCCAUCUUCUUUUUGACCCUGGCCUCAGAGCUCCCACCUUACCAGGGGACAGGGACAGAAACCAGCCAGCUGCACGGUGCCAGGUGCAGUGGUGAGGGCAACUAAGGCAGUGAGCCUGAGGAGUCCAAGAAGCCUUCCCCAGAGGUGAGUGUAGUCUGAGUUGUCAAAGAACUCAGUAGGUAGAUGCUCCUGUGAAGGUCCCGUGGUUUCAGAAGCCAGACACCCAGGGGGACAGAGCAGCUGAGCAUGACUGGAGCCCAGGGUGCAGCUGGAGAGGGAGAAAAAGCUGGACCAGAGAGGGUCUGGUGUCAAAGUUGGCCGCACUGCAGGAGUUUGGAAAGUUGCUGGAGGCGCUGAGGAAGAUGAAGUAGAGGGCGUGAGUGGGGGAGGGCGGACAGGAGGCUGUUGGAGCCACCCAGAUGAAAGCAGGGGAGGAGUGAGGGGGCCAUUUGGGGACAUAACAGAGGUCGGGGCACCAGGGCAGACACAGGAGUCUAGGAAAACCCCAGAUUUUCUCUUCGAUGCUGAGGUGAUUGGUAUUGCCACUGAUGACAGAAAUAAAGGAAAGAAAAGGAGUAGAAGCAGAUGUGCCUGGGGCUAUUCUGAAGCUGGUGUCUGUGGGAGCCCGUGGGAGGAGUAUAGUGUGCGAUAGGAAAUACCAAACUGAAGAGCAGCCAGAGGUCUGGAGGUAGCAGGAACCCGGCUAGAGAAACCACACCCCCGAAUUCAUCCCACCCUCAGCUGAGGGGUUCCUUUCCAUCUUCGUCAUCACUUCCUCUGUGUGCCAAGAAGCUUGCAUGCUGCCCACAUUCUUUCUGAUUGCUGUGUUCCUCAUGUUUAUGCACCCCCCCCCCCCCCCGUCCCAAAGAAAGUGUCACACUGGAACCCUAACCCCAAUGUGGUGAUACCAGAAGUGGGGUCUUUGGGAGCUGCUAGGUAACGAGGGAUUAGGACUCACCCCGCCUAUCACGUGAGGACAUGGCAGCGGUGGGGUGGAGUGGGGUGGUGGGAAACCUGGAAGAGGGUCCUCCCUGGAACCUAGCAGCCUGGCACCCUGAUCUCGGAACUGUGAGAAAUAAAUGUCUUAUUCUCAAGCCAUCCUGCCUGGCACUUUAUCUUGCCAGCAACCUGAAUUUCUUAGCUGGUAGGCCUCCUGGGGCGGACGUGCAUUCUCUCCCACCUGAGACAGAGCCACCGAGCUCACCACACGGGGCACCUCUUUUCCUUCAUUUCUGCCCCAGCUAGAAAGCCACUCAGGCCUUUGGUAAUUUUUAGCAGGGAGGAACCCAGUACUCGGUUCACCCUCAUUUGAGCACCCCGCCUUCCCAGUCCCAGCCAGAGUUCCACUGACCUGCUGGAACUGUUUCACCACGUGUUGUUAUUUUCCUUGCAAUAAGCCGCGGAGGCCCUGGGAUGGGACAUUGCAGAAGACUACAGAAUACGGAAAGUGCCCUUGAGCCUUUGGGUUUUGUUGAUUUUAGGCUAUUUCAAGUAACACAAAGGAUUGCAUAAUAUCCCAGUUCCUGGCAUUCUGAGUUAAUAUGUUACUUUAAACCCAGUAAACUUCUUAUCCUUCUCCUGUUACACGAUGCCCACGUAGUGGGGGACCACUGGAGGUUUCUAGGGGGGAUGUGUGACCACUGAUGCCUGUCAAUGUACUGGGAAGCUCUGCAGAGAAAAGAGCUUCAUGUCUGCCAUCCAGAAGUCCCCUUUCCUAGGCCGGCAUCAGCAUAUUCUAUAAAAAUAGUCUAUUUUGUGUUUUUAUAAUUUUGUUCCAUUAAUAUUGACCAUGACUGGCUUUCCCAGUUCCUCUUCCUCCCCCCCAUUACAGUUGAGUGCUGUACCUAGUACUGCUGUGACGCUCACCACGGGCAGCCGUGUCCUAUGUCCAGUGCUUGACGACAUCCGCCUCUUCCUCGUCAUCUGCGGAAUCGCUGGUCUGUCUUGGACACACUGGACCCAGCGCUCUUCCGGGCUCUUGGCUGUGCCUCUCCGUCCCAGCCGACUCCCACUGCCCUGACCUCCCUUUCUUCUCUCUGCGCUCAUCGAGGGGCUCUCGUUGAGUCCUAUGUUCUUAAGUUCCAAUUUUAUUUCUAGCCUUAAUCCCACCUCUGAACUGCGGAGUUAGAAUAAGUUUCUCCAACAUGUUAUGUUUGAAAUUAAUUGCUCCUUCUGAAACCCUCCCAUGUGAGUUAGUGAGAAUGCCUUAUCCCUCCAACUGAAGAGGCCAAAUCCUCAGAGUCCUCCUUGAUUCCACUCUUUUCCUCCUCACACACCAUAGUCAAUCCAUCAGUAAAUCCUACUGGCUGCACCAUCAAGUUCUGUCUAGCUGUGAUCACUUGUCACAUCCUGUUACUCCCUCUCUGGACCAGGCCAUGAUCAUGUCUUACCUGUAAUGCUUUAGUACAUGCUGACUGGCCUCCUAAUGGGCUUCCCAGCCUCAGCUCCUGCCCACCCACAGUCUUAAGUACUAUCAGUCCAUCCAUCCAUCCAUCCAUCCAUCCAUCCAUCCAUGGCAUCAGUAGCAAACUAGCCAUGCUAGCAGGAAGACAGGUAUGGUUUGCAACCAAGGGUGUAACAGGUUUUACUGAGUAGUUAAAGUGUCCUGUGAAGAAGGGCAUUUGUGCUAUUAGGAAGAAAAGAUGCAAGUGGUUUAUCUAGAAGAGGUAACGCGAUACAGUCUCAGGGCUGGCUUCCUGGGCAUGCCUAUAGCACGGUUGCACCAGGCCCAAAUGCUGAAAGGCCUCAUACUUGCGUCAGAGCUCCCCUGUUAUCUGGAAAGGCCUAAUAAUUUUUGAAGCAGCAACCCUGCAUUUUUAUUUUGUACUGAGUCUUUGAAAUGAUGUAUCCAAUUCUGUGAUCAGUGGCAAACCCAGGUCUCUGGCAGCAGGAGUUAAGAGGAAAAAGCAGGUCUUAGAAUUACUGGCAUGGAACAACAAAUAUCUAGUGAUUGAAUAUGAAGAGAGUGGGAAAAUAAAAUGCAGAAUCUCAUCUACUGGAAAGAUGCUGGUGAUUCUAGUGGGGAACACAGUGGAAAAAGAGAUCUGUUUGAGAGAGAGAGAGAACAGUUACAUGAGCUAGAGAAACUGGCAUUGGAAAAUGCCAGUUUGGAAAAUGCCAGAUCAAGGUGACUAUACCCAAGUGCUGUAUAGUUAAGAGGCUGUAGCUAAGUCAUAAGAAAUGAAAUAGAAUCCAAGGGUAAAAUGGAUAGGGAAAAGGGGAAAGGAGAGGCCUGGGGCUUGGAGACCUGAGGAUGGGAACCGGAUUACAUUACUUUGUGUUUUCUUUUGAAGGACUUAUUCCUGGCCCAACGAGUUUCUCUAGUGGACUAGAUAGAACCAGUCUUGGUUUAAAGCUUAAGUUGCAGGAGGGACUUCAGAGGUAAUGUAGUCCCACAUCCAGGCUCUGGAGAUGUGAAAGCUAAGUGCUCCCAAAAGCUAAGAAAAGGGUUACAUGUUCCCUUUUCUAAGCAUGUUGAAAUGUACUGUCCAAAAAUUAGGGAGGGGGGUAGUGGGGGGAACCUUUGGCCUCUAGUGAAGAGUAAAAGAGACCAUGGUCUGACUGAGUAUUGUGGCCAUGACUUCCUGGCUGGCACCUCCACUGUCAAAGGAUAAUGUCUCCUGGCUGGGCGCGAGGCCGGUGCCUGGGCAGCUACAGCAGGCUGCUGGGAAGUACUUUUUCUGUCUCUAACUCCCCUGAAGGCUGCAUCCCCUAAGGCAGAGUCCUGAAUGUGAGUGUGUAGGUGAAGUGCCUGGCGCUCAGAAAGUUCUCAUUAAAAGGGAUGUAAUUCUUAGGAACUGGGUCUGCACUUCUACGGUAAGUGCACGAAGGUUGUAUCAAACGCAAACCACCAAACUAGAGUUUACUGGCCCACCUUUCAGAAAGGACGCAUCUGUUCCCAACACUAGCUCCGGCUGCAAAUCGCCUGCAACCUGCCUGGAGACUAACAUAACCAGAUAUUUAUAGCACUGGUAAAAAUUACUGCAAUUGUUAUUUAAGGCUCUUGCACAGCUCUGGGGAAAAAAGGAACAUCUGUAGUUAUCAAGUUACAAAAUAUGUUGAAUUGGAAAAAGUGAUUGCAGAAAGUUUUUUUGUUUUUUUUUUUUUUAAUGUGGAAUGUAAA